CAGCUCCAACAUUAUAUCGUUGGUUUGUUCAGAUUGAAAGUUGUCCACCUGGAAGCAGUUGGGAGUACAUUGUAGACAGUUUUUCUCACAUUUAUUCUGGAGAGAUGAGGCGAAAAGAAAAACGACUACUGCAGUUCGCAGGGUUACUUAUAGCCGCUCUUAUUUUCCUGCCGAACGUUGGUCUGUGGUCAUUAUACCGAGACCGAGUUUUUGAGAACUCGCCAGAAAUAGUGGAGGGACCGGGUGGCAUCCCUCAAAUACAGGGAGUAAACGUCCGGCCCCAGAAGGAUGCCCAGGUGGGGCGGGACGGCAUGCGGAGGAAGGACUGGCACGACUACGAGGCAAUCAGGAGAGAUGCUGCUCGCUCUGGUAACGGAGAGCAGGGUAAGCCAUUUCCUCUGACGGACACUGACCGGGUGGACCAGGCCUACAGGGAGAAUGGGUUCAACAUCUAUGUCAGCGAUAGGAUCUCCCUCAACCGCUCUGUCGCAGACAUCCGGCACCCAAACUGUAAACAGAAGCUGUAUGGGGAGAAGUUGCCCAACACCAGCAUCAUCAUCCCAUUCCACAACGAAGGUUGGUCGUCCCUGCUCAGGACAGUACACAGCGUGCUCAACCGCUCUCCCCCUGAGCUCAUCGCUGAGGUCAUACUGGUGGACGACUUCAGUGACAAAGAGCACCUAAAGGGGUCUCUGGAGGAGUACAUGGUGCGGCUGCCCAAGGUGAGGAUCCUGCGCACCAAGAAGAGGGAGGGUCUCAUCAGGACCCGUCUACUGGGGGCGGCGGCGGCCAAUGGAGAGGUCAUCACCUUCCUGGACUCCCACUGUGAAGCCAACAUCAACUGGCUGCCCCCGCUGCUGGACCGUAUAGCCGAAAACAGGAAGUCCAUCGUGUGUCCGAUGAUCGACGUGAUCGACCACGACAACUUUGGCUACGAGACGCAGGCGGGCGAUGCCAUGCGAGGGGCGUUUGACUGGGAGAUGUACUACAAACGCAUCCCCAUCCCCUCGGAGCUGACAAAAGAGGACUCUAGCGAACCCUUUGAGUCUCCUGUGAUGGCUGGCGGACUCUUUGCCGUGGACAGGAAGUGGUUCUGGGAGUUGGGAGGAUAUGACACGGGACUGGAGAUCUGGGGAGGAGAGCAGUACGAAAUCUCUUUCAAGGUGUGGAUGUGUGGCGGGCGUAUGGAGGACAUCCCGUGCUCCAGGGUGGGUCACAUCUACAGGAAGUACGUCCCCUACAAGGUCCCUGGCGGGGUCAGCCUGGCUAGGAACCUGAAGCGAGUGGCUGAGGUAUGGAUGGAUGAAUAUGCAGAGUACAUCUACCAGCGGAGGCCAGAGUACAGGCACCUGUCAGCAGGAGACAUGACAGUGCAGAAGGACCUGAGGAACAGCCUCAACUGUAAGAGCUUCAAAUGGUUCAUGACAGAGGUGGCCUGGGACCUACCCAAGCACUACCCACCUGUGGAGCCCCCUGCUGCCGCCUGGGGAGAGCUGCGCAACACAGGCAGUGGCAUGUGCAUGGAGAGCAAACACUUUUCGUCUGGGUCGCCCGUCCGCCUGGAGACAUGUCUGAAGGGGCGGGGUGAGGCCGGGUGGAGCCAUGGACAGGUGUUCACGUUUGGCUGGCGGGAGGACAUCCGAGUGGGGGGCCCCAUGCACACAAAAAAGGUCUGCUUCGAUGCCAUCUCUCACAACAGCCCUGUCACCCUGUACGACUGCCACGGCUUGAAGGGUAACCAGCUGUGGCGCUACAGGAAGGAUAAAAGUUUAUACCACCCCAUCAGUAACAGCUGUAUCGACAGCAACCCCACAGAGAGGAAGGUGUUCAUGAACACGUGUGACCCCAGCGUCCCCAGCCAGCAGUGGGUGUUUGAGAAGACCAACACCACCGUCCUGGAGACGUUCAACCGCAAUAGCAACUGACACCUGUAGGGGUCAGCACUGAACCUGAACACUGAACCUGAACUCACUCUGGAACUGUGUUCUUUCACUAAGACAGAAGUGGGAUGUUGUUACUCUAAAGGGGUCAAGGGUGGAAGGAAGUGAAGGGGGGUCAGGGGGUAGCAUUAGCAUGUGCAAGCCAGUCUAGAUACAUCAGUUAUUGGGCGAUGGAGAAGAGUUGGCGCCUGAGAGGUUCUCUCUGUGGUUGAAAGACUAGUCUCUCGAUGCGGUGAUGGUGUCUUCCUGCGUUAGGGGGAUUAGGUCUGUCACAGCACGGUCAUUCUGGCGGUGGUCCAUCUCAUUUCUGCUUCUCUGUGCCUCUCCCAGAUGACUGCCCAUACAUCCAUCUACAUCACCCUGUGUGAGUGUCUCUCUUGCUCAGUCACAUUCCCUCCAUUCCCCUCAUGUGCCGCCCCUGCUCUGACAGCCCCCCCUGAGACACCCGCUGAGCCAAGCCCAAACUGACACACUGUGAAGCCGGCCAGACCCAACCACUCUGAAAAGCACCUUGUGUUGAUUCGUGUUUUUGUUUUCUUGUUAUGCUCACUUGGCUAGCUUUUUCUCUUUCUUGGUUUCCCCUCUAUAGCAUUGAUCGAAAGUGGAGUUUGCGCAACAUCUGUCCAAAUGAAGAGGGGUAAGAAAAACCUCAUCUUUUAGGACGUGUAUUUUGUUUUAGCUCUGAAUGAAUAAUACUUUAGUAGCAGCACCUUGUCUCAGCACUCUUAUCUAUUCGAAGGACUGUGAUUUGAUGCCAAUGAUUUGUCCAUAGAGGGAACUGUAAGGACUUACUAUCAUCAGUUUAUUUUUGUCCCAUCACCUGAACAGAGGCUCCCGCUGCCUUCUGGGAUGAACCCCAGCACUCUCUGGAAUGACUUCAUCAUGAAACACAUGGAGGUCAGCAGCACUGAGACAGUAGUCAGACCAUGCUGGUUUCUCAAACGCAUCAGGAGGGACUCUAGACUGGUUUGCCCGGGGGAGGGGGGUUAUUAUAGGUGGUUUAGAUGCAUUAAGCACUUGCAAUGAUAAACUUGAAUAAAAAUCGUAGUGCCUUGCUGGAUGAGAGCAGAAGUAAAUACGGCCUGGUCUGACUCGGCCUGGCCUGGUGCCCUAUUCCAGUCGUCCUCCUACACUGUCUCAGACUGACUGACAGAUGUUGGAGAGAGAGGCAAUCUGAGGUGACACUGGCUCUUAAUGGAUGGGGUUCUACAACAGUAAUGUAUUUGUAAUGUUAGUUUUUUGCUAGUAUCUUCAGCUAUUCACUAUGUGUUCUCCUGCCUUUCAAAGUGAACCGUUUUCUGAAAAGACCCUCUUAUGUUCAUGGCAUGUCACCAACAUGCCAAUUUGUUGUUUCAAGAUCUACAAUGGACAUUCAAGCAUUGAUUAGUAUUGAAUUCCUGUUCUUGUUGUGCGUUUAGAUUUUGUAGCGUAAUGACCUCUUACUCAGCAUUUGUUUUCUUUCAGUUUUUUUGUCUUGGCUUAGCCAAUGAGUUGUUUGUAUGUCAAAUGCAAUUCAGUUUUGACCUGGGUGUUGUUCAGAAAGACUGCGAACAUUGCCUGCUGUGUAGUUAUGUUCCAUUCUUUGUGUGCGUGUUUUUUGUUCCCCUCUUUUCCUCUGAAAUAAUUCCAAGGUAGAGCCCUUGUUUAGCCUUAGGUGUUUGUCUGCUGCAAAAAAAGUUAUUAGGGCAAAACAUUGUCACCUUAAGGCAAAGCGGGAUGUGAUAUGCAUGAUGCAACGAUCACACCCUUCAUCAGUCAAACUCUCAUCCUACCCCUUUCAGAAAUUGAUAAGUCUAAUUAGCAUUAAAAAAACAGUGUAGCUUUUUGUUGUUGUUUGAUGGAACUAAUUUGAGUACACUACUAGCCUGUAGUGUAUGUGUUGUAGAUUUUGACUGGCCAAGUGAAUCAUCAAAUAGUUUAGACUCAAACAACGGCAUUCUUCCAUGCAUUGUGGAGAAAAUGUAUGGAAAUUCAACAAGACAUCCAUGUGGCACAUUAGUAUGAGAUGCUGCACAAUGAGGCUUUAGUUGUGAAGCAUCUUUGUUGCCCAGUCAUGUAACACUGUAUGUUUUUUCUCCUUAUCAAACUGAAAUGUAGCUAGGACUGGCUGGGGACUCCAAAGUUGGUUACUUCCAUUGGUUUCCCUUUCCAAAAAUGUUUAGUUUUGUCCCGGCAAGUAAGCGGCAUGUAUGGAAGACCAAAGCUUUUAAAUAUUAUGAUAAAAAUGGCCGAAUCUAAGUUGUGUAACUUUUUCCAAGACAAAAUAUUCAUUUUCUAAUUAUUCCAGCUAAAUACAUUUCACAAUUAUACUUACAGAAUUAUUACGUCUGUACCAGAGUUGUAAUUUAAGCUGAUUAAUUGUCUCAUCUUUUACACUAAUAUUGUAAGUGUAAAUGGUAAAAUCCUUAACACAGUUUAAAUUACCAUUAUAGAUCUAAGACUGGAAUUCAAUCAAACCAGGACUGGUAUGGUCAAUUUUACCAUUUCCAUUGGGUGAAAAAUCAAACCCGAUUUGGAUUUAGUCCUGCUUAUUCUCUUGAUGCAUUGUUUGAUAUUUUCAAAUGCUCCACCGGUUGGUCCAUGACUUCCAAUGUGUUCACUGCUCUCCCGAUGCUAGAAUGAUGGGUCGAAACAUGUUUAUGUUCAAGCACUGAAGUUUAUACAGUAAAGUUAUGUUUGUGUCUGAGGGAAUAUAAACAGGGUUGUUUGACCUGUGGACAUAUAAUCAUCUUGCAAAGGUGGUAAGAAUCCCCCAAAUCCAUGGCAUUUUAUUGUUCAGUUUGGAACAAGGAUAUUUGCAGUACAUUGACCCUGUCAAUUGCACAUGUAAAAGGCAUUUGAUUGUCAUAUGAUUUAUAACUUGGGAUGGAGGUGGUGAAACCUUUUUUAAAUUGUGGUUUUCAAUAUUUUAUAAAGUGCCAUUUCUUUUCAUGAUCUUGUUUGAAUUAAAUAUUCAGCUAAAAAUGUGAAGACAAUACUUUAUUUUUUAAAUGAAAUUGAAUGUCUAAAGGCCCAUUGCAGUUAAAUAUGAUUUUCCUGUGUUUUAAAUGUAUUUCCAGACAGAUUGGAAUAAUACUGUGAAAUGAUAAUGCCCAUUUAUCGUAAGCUGUUUGGAAAGACUGCUUGAAAUUUCAGCCUGUUUUGAAGGGAUGGAUUUUUGCCCUGCCUGGCAACAUCAUCAGGCGGUAUAAGUUAAUAGAUCAAUAACAAAGUUUCAAACCUCUCUGCCAAUAACAGCUAGUUUUCAGGUUACAUUAGGUUAGUCCAAUUGGUCCCUCACUCAGACCACUCCCAGACAGCCCUAGCAAAAUUCUUGCUUGAGAAAUUUCUCUUUGCUUAGAAGAUAUUUUUUAUUACAAUUUUUCACAAUUUUAAUUCAAAACAAUCACAGUAAGCUACUCAAUUGUUACCCAGAAAUUAUUUGAUAUUGAGAUAAAAAUGGAUGCAUUGAACCUUUUUUAAAGUUGCAAUAUGUAGCUUUUUGGGCAACCAGACCAAAUUCACAUAGAUCUAUAACUCAUAUUUCUAUCAUUCUACUUGAAACCAAGUCUAAAAAGCGGUAGAUCUGUUCUGUGUGCGUUAUUUCUAUGCUUCCGGUUAAGUUUUGUUUUUCGUCUAUUACAUUUGGUUUUGUACACCAUCUUUAAACAGCUGAAACGACAACAUGUUUAGUUAUGGGAAAUCUAUUUCACAGCGGUUUAGAUGGUACAAUGAAUCUACACUAUACGUGCUUAUUUUGUCACACAAACUGAAAUUAGGCCAACUAUUAGAGUUUUAGAAACCUGCAUUCACAAAAUGAUGUGUUCAUGUUUGUGCAAUUUUGAUGUGUACAUUUUGUCAUAAAUUAUCAAUAUUUUUUUUCUACUGACAAUGACUGUAAAGGGGCGACAGGGUAGCCUAGUGUUUAGUGUUGGACUAGUAACCGAAAAGUUCAAAUCCCCGAGCUGACAAGGUAUAAAUCUGUCGUUCUGCCCAUGAACAGGCAGUUAACCCACUGUUCCUAGGCCGUCAUUGAAAAUAAGAAUGUGUUCUUAACUGACUUGCCUAGUUAAAUAAAGUUUUUUUAUAUAUAUAUAAUUAAAAAGGGUAUUUAACACACCGUGUACAACUAAACUGGAAUUGUAUAUUUUUUGCUGAAAAUAAAAAUGUUUAUAUUUGAA